AAUCAUUACCCACCGUAAAACCAGAACUAUUGCUUCCCGUGACAUCGCAGACAACGCUCGCUUCCGUCACUGUUCUAUAAAACACUUCAUACUAUAAUACAAAUAUAAAACAUACUCCUAUACAGGUCAAUAUAGACUUUAUGCGUUUUGAAAUAAGUCUAACACAUGCGCAGUACAACUUUGCUUACUCGUAUUCAACUAAACAAAUGAUUUUCAGUCGUAAAUUUAAUAUGUAAGGUUGAAUUUAGGUUAAAUGGGGUAGAAAAGGUUGUAUGUGUGAGGGGACGCCGCGCAGCCGCCCGGCAGUACUCCCCGGGCGCCGAAGCCGCUUGCCGUGCUUACCCACAGUGAAAACCUUUAAAAAAACACCCUAAGUCAAUUUUAGCCUUCCAUUUACACCCAAGAACACCUAACGUGCCCCUUUGAAAGCAAUAUAAAAAACUAAAAAAUAUAAUAUUUAAAAAAGUCCUUUAAAACCCUUUAUUUGAUAGUUAACUGUGUAUAAAAACAGUUUAAAUUUGAAAUGUGUGUUCAGUGAAACGUCAGAAGCGCGAAACCUUUGGCAGUGUCUGCGUUACAUAACUGUUCCGGGCAAGAUCGAUACCCUGGGCGUAUUAAUAGCGACCUACGGUUGAGAACAGCUGGCCGGCCGCCAGCAUGCAGACCACGAGGAUGCGGCGGCCGCGGCGGCACCGCUGGCUGACGGUGUCCGUAUUCUUCAUCGCGUACUCCGUCGGCCAGGCGCUCAUGAGCUCGCCUGGAGACGAGCCAAAAGAGGGGUCCACGCUGCCCGAGCCAACUCCCACGCAGUUCACGUCGAAAAAAGAAACGGACCUUACCAAGGAAACCAGUGCAAAAGAAAUAGAGCCCACUCCCCCUGGUGAGAAAGAGAAAGUUCCAGAGGAAGAGGAAGACAAGGGGAGGAAGAAAUUGCUGAAAGGCACCGAGGAGCCCGACGAGGAAGAUGAGGGCGAGAAGAAAAAGCAGAAGGACGCUGGAUACGAGCCCUCUAAUGUAGUGCCGACGGUUCACCCCUUGAGGAACUGUACUCCUCCAGCUAUCGAGCAGUUCCCUCGGCCACUGAUGGGGCAAAACGCACGCAAGCAUGGAGGCCUGAUAAUACACGUCCUAGUGGCUGUGUUCACGUUUAUCGGACUCGCUAUCGUGUGCGACGAGUACUUCGUGUCGAGUCUUGACAGGAUCUGUGAAGAGCUAAAGCUGGCGCCCGACGUGGCCGGCGCCACGUUCAUGGCGGCCGGCAGCUCGGCGCCCGAGCUCGCCACCGUCGUCAUUGGCGUUUUCUGUGCGCAGGACGAUAUCGGCGUGUCAGGCGUGAUCGGCUCCGCAGUGUUCAACAUAAUGUUUGUGAUCUCGGUGUGCGCGCUGUGCGCUGGCACCGUGUCGCACCUCAACUGGUGGCCUUUGUGCCGCGACUGCUUCUUCUAUGCCGUCUCUAUACUGGUCAUGCUGUGUACCAUCGCCAAUGGAUACGUCUCUUGGCCCGAAGCGCUGUUCAUGCUGAUAAUGUACGGCGUGUACUGCGUGGCUCUGCGCUUUAACAGCGAGCUAGAGCGCUGGGUUUUGACCAAGAAACUGCCCUUCAAGCUGCCAACACGGGAGGAGCAGGCUGCACUCGUCACAUACAAGAGCGCGGCUGGGGCGGCGGCGGCAAAACCCGCGGGUGACGAAUACACGCAGAUGGAGGGACAGACCAAGGAGACUGCCCUGCAGAACCCCCCACCAUACAACCCGGACGCCGCAUACGACAACGCAGCGUACAACGCUGACCCUGCUGCCCAAGCUUGGGACCCCAACGCCACCUGGGACCCUAACAGCUCUUGGAGUGACCAGUCCCAGCAACCGGCGGCUCCUGCUAGCAGCUGGGGCGACACGUACAACUCUCAACCGCAGCAGCAACAACAGCAACAACAACCUGGCUCUGCUGCUCAAACGCCAGGGCAACAGCCACAGCAGCCAGCGCAGGCGGCGCCCGCAGCCCCGGCGUACUACAAGGCUAAGGAAUACAACCCGGAGACCGCCAUCAACCCGCUCGUAAAGCCCAUCGGAGCAAACCACUUCCAACUAGCGGCUUGGUACGUGGCGUAUCCGGUACACUGGUCCUGCCGGCACACCAUGCCCGACUGCCGCGGCCGCUGGUAUCCCAUCACCUUCCUCAUGUCCAUGCUGUGGAUCUCCUUCUACUCCUACUUCAUGGUGUGGAUGAUCACCAUCAUCGGCUACACUCUGGGCAUCCCGGACACGGUGAUGGGGCUGACGUUCGUGGCCGCGGGUGUCUCCGUGCCUGACGCGCUCUCCUCGCUCGCCGUCAUCAAGGAGGGAUACGGCGACAUGGCCGUCUCGAACGCGGUGGGGUCCAACGUGUUCGACAUCCUGGUGUGCCUCGGGCUGCCCUGGUUUAUCCAGACUGCCAUCAUCCAGCCCGGCUCACACGUCAACGUCAUCAGCAAAGGUCUCGUCUAUUCUACCUUCUCCCUCUUCUCGACCGUGAUCUUCCUGAUCGUGGCCACCCACGCCAACGGCUGGAAACUGGACAGGAAAUACGGCGUUGUCCUGAUGAUAUGGUACCUUCUCUUCAUCACCUUCGCCAGCCUGUACGAGCUCAACAUCUUCGGGAACUUCAACCCGCCUGACUGCGAGUCUCUAUAUUAAAUUGUCAAUGGUAAGUGACCUUGGUCAACAGUUGGCUAUGCGUCCGUGUUGCCAGUUUUUAAAAGCAUAGAAUUUAGUUUGAUGUUGGAAUGUAUUCUUAGGCUCACCACCGUUGUGACGGAAUUCAGGUAGCAAUCCCGAUUCUUUGGGCCCUUCUGCUUCAAACGCUAUUCAAUUUGUUUGUUCGUUGAAAUUUAUUGUAUAAUUGAAUCUGAAUUUUAACGAGAACUUGAAUUAAAUGACAGAUUUUGAAGAACUAACAAAUAAUUCAGGAAAAUCAGACAGAACCAUAGAUAUUUCGACCCGAAUUCCGUCGGGUUUGUGAUGAGCCUUAAAUAGAUGUUCUCUUCUAUUUUACGUAUGUUGGCUAUGAAAUCUUUGUAGAUACUAUUUUUGUGACCAUCACAAACUUUAUGCUGGUAAAUGUAUAACAUAUUAUGUAUAUGUACCAAGUUUUCUACUACAUAAUACCAUUGUCUUAUGAUGAAUAAAACAUCGAUGUUGUUCUCGCUAUCUGUAAAUUAUAUUUUAUGUUUAGCAUUUAACUAUUCUAUCUAAUUCUAAUUACGUAGGUUAUUGUAGAUAUAUUUAAAGCAUAUUAAAUGUUUUUACAUUGAACUGUACCUAAAGAUCGAUAUCAAUGUUUCGAUCUAGUGUUAUUUUUUUCACACAAAUGAACUAAAGGAAAACUUCUGGUAACAUUCUGUAAAAAACCUUCAUCUCCUUAAUGCAGCCGCGUUACUGCAGGGCCUCUAGAAUAGUGUCGUACCGUAGUCGUACGGUCAAGGUAUUAAAUAUCGAUACGGAUAAAGUACCAAAAAUAUGUAUACACGACCUUAUUGCCUAUAUAUUAAGAUAAUGUGGCCCUAGUGAAAAAGAGUACAAGUCUCUGGCAGUUUAUGUGUAUAAGGGCAUAAGUGUUACGUGGAACUUACACCCCUUUACACCUGCGCUGCCAGAGACUUGUACCCUUUUUCACUAUGUACCUACAUAUUUUUGUCACUAUGUCCGUAUCCAUAUUUAAUACCUUGACUUUACCUAAGCAAAAUUGACCGCUGUUUGACUUUUGACAAGUGCAAUGUUCUUAGGCCCAAUUUUACCAGAAACCUGAUGUUACCAAGCCGACAAGUAGCGCCCUCUGAGAUAUUUCUAUUGCUAUUGUACUUAUAAUUUUAAGGAAACGGCGUAUUACGUUUACGAUUUAUUGCAAUGCUCAAAAAAUAAAUGACGGCACUUAUAUAAAGAGCUCCAUUAAAAAAUGUAGGUUCUUGGGGCACUUUUUACGAGAGUUGACUUACAAUUUGAACUACUUUAAGUAUUUCCAAGCAAUAGCAAGUAAUUAAUGUCCGUAAUGAAGUCGUCAAAGGCCUAAGGUUUGUAAAGUUUCUUAUGAAUAGAAAUGCUAGAUGUUUUCCUGAAAAUACGAUAGAUUAUUUGAUAGCUUGCACUGGAUUCACUAAUUAACUAUAAAUAUAUUUUUUAAAUUAAGCAAAUUAAUAAACACGAAAAUGACAAAACAACUAAUUAUGAUGUCAAAACCAAACAGCGAAAAACAUAGGACUUGGCCAAAGGGUGUACCGCGACAAUCGGAAUUUCGUUAUCUGCCUCUCUAUCG